AUGGCCGACAACGCAGAGGGCACCAGUGAUGCCCAGGUCACCUUCAAGGUGAAGACGGGCCAGGAUAGCAACCACGUCAUCACCAUGCCCGAGUCGGCCACCGUGCUCGACCUCAAGACCAAGCUGGCCGGCGACGACUUUGAGAAGGUUCCCGUUGAGCGCCAGCGCCUCAUCUACUCUGGCCGUGUCAUGAAGAACGACGAUAGCCUCGCCACCUACAAGAUCAAGCCUAACAACACUAUCCACAUGGUCAAGAGCGCCGCCAGCAACUCCGCGCCUCAGCCGGCCGCUUCCCCCUCCGCACCCCCCGCUCCUGCUGUUCCUACCAACAUGCAGGCCGGUACCGCCAAUAACCUUCUCGCCGGCCUCACAGGAGCCAGAUACGCCGGUCAUAUCAACCUGCCCAGCCGCGAGACUUUCGGAGCCGAUGGAGGUAUGGGCGCCCCGCCAUCCGACGACCAGCUGGCCCAGAUGCUGGCCGAUCCUUCGAUGCUCCAGACGAUGAAUGCGGCCCUCGACAACCCGGACUUCAUUAACUAUAUGAUUCAGAGCAAUCCUCAUCUACGCAACGUUCCUAAUGCCCGCGAGAUCAUUCAGUCACCUUUUAUGCGCCAGAUGAUGACGAACCCGGACAUGCUCCGUAACGUAAUGAGAAUGCAACGCAGCAUGGCCGGAGGAGGUGGCAACACGGCCUUCCCAGCACCCGGCGCCACCGACACCACCCCGGCUGAAGCUGCGGCCGCUGGCCAGCAAGGAAACGCCCAGGCCAAUCCAUUCGCUGGCUUCCCAGGCUUCCCUGGUAUGCCUCCCAUGGGUGGCGGUAUGGAAGGAUUGGGUGAUCUCAGUGCGCUGUUUGGCCCUGAUAGCCCAUUUGCGCCUCCUCAACAAGGCGCGGGAGCUGGAGCCGGAGCCGCCGGUGCUGCAGGCACCACGACGGGCGAGCAGAACACAGCCGGAGCCACUGCUGGAGCUACAGCAAAUGCUCAGGGUACGCAAGGCGGCAACACCACGAGCCCGCCUCCAGCCAACCCCUUUGCUGCCCUUUUCGCCCCCCCUCCCUACGCGGGUCAGGGCCAAGGUCAGGGUCAAGGCCAGGGACAGACACCGGCGAACCCCUUCGCCUCUCCGUUUGGCCAGAUCAACCCCGAGAUGAUGCAGCAGAUGAUGAACAUGUGGGGACUUGGUGGUGCAGGCGGCGCAGGCGCAGGUAGCUCUCCUGCUCCCCCGGACAACCGUCCUCCCGAAGAGCGCUACGCUGAGCAGCUGCGCCAGCUCAACGACAUGGGCUUUUUCGACUUUGAUAGAAACGUGGCAGCUCUAAGAAGGAGCGGCGGCAGUGUGCAGGGUGCGAUUGAGCAUCUUCUCAGCUCUUAA